AUGAGUAUCGAUUCUAAUUCGUCUGCCAAACGAUUUAACUUAGAAAGAGCUUCAAAUUUUAUGAGGCAAUUUCGAGAUCCAGACUCCAGAGAACUAAAGAAACUUUCUGCCAACCAAUUCAUGGAAGUUUGGAGCCAUUACGACAGAGAUGUAUUUAAUACUGGAUGUUGGUUCAAAGCCUCGUUCUGCUUAGGUACAGUAAAAAAAUGUAUAUCUUCUGUUUUUUGUUACGUUUCAGAAACAACUUCGUUAUAA